GGACCCAUCCCCCGGCGAGUUCUCGUACGGCGCGGACCCUAGCAACCUGCUCCAGUGCUUCGCCUGGAACGGGUCGAGGCCACACCGGCGAAGCCCGGUGUGGACAAGCCACCUCUACAUGGGCGGAUUCAACGAGUCGGCCAUUUACAUGGCCUUGCAUCACGCCGGCGACGAGGUGUACAUGUCCUUCGGCAUGCCGGCUGGCUCCUUCGUCCAGCUGGUCAGGUUGGAGAUCGACUACUCAGGCAAGGUAAAUAUACUAAGCUGGCUGAGCAACGUGUCCGCAUGGAGAGCCCUCUACGCAGAGCCUCAACAUGAGUGCAAUACGUACGGCUACUGCGGUCCUUAUGGUUACUGCGACAACACACAAAUCGUCCCGGUUUGCAAGUGCCUUGACGGUUUUGAACCGAGGGAUGCUAAAGGAUGGAUCUCCGGUAGCUUCUCACAGGGAUGCCGCCCCAAGGAGGUGCCAAGGUGCACCCAUGGAGACAGUUUCUUGGCCUUUCCGGGCAUGAAGGUCCCGGACAAGUUCCUCCGUGUCCCGAGCAGAAGCUUCGAUGAGUGCACCGAGGAAUGCAGAAGCAAUUGCUCCUGCGUGGCAUAUGCUUACUCCAAGAUGAGCAACAUAGAUAUUGACGGUGAUGAUACAAGAUGCCUGUUAUGGAUCGGCGAUUUGAUCGACAUGGAGAACAACCAUCAAGGAGGGGAGAACCUCUAUGUUCGGACUAAAAGAUUGCAAGGCAACAUGAGAAAGAUCAAAACCAUAGAAAUUGUAUUACCAGUUGUGUCAAGUUUUCUGAUACUCAUAUGCGUGGGGCUUAUUUGGAUCUGUGGCUUUAGAG